UCUCCCCUUUCCUUCCUCCUGCUGGAACUAGGUGCCGCCUACGCUACGACAUCCCAUUGCGAUAACCUUUUCUUUCCCAGUCGUAUGAUCGGAUGCUUGAGGGAAAUUAUUUCCUCCUCGAAUCCCAACUGUUAGAAUUCCAUUUCCAGUUCAUCUGCUGCUUAUCUCAAAUGGGUAUUAUCCACUUUUCUUCCUUUUUCUUCCGUUUCUUCUACCCUUCGACUUGUAUGUAACCUCGUAUGCAAAUUUAUCUCUCCAUUCUUUUGUGCGUUGUUUGAUCAAUACCCAUUAGAAUUCGUUCCCUUUUAUUGUUUGAAACCCUUGUUAGUGGAUUCUCCAUCAUGGACAAUUCAGAUGGAGGUAAAAUUCAAGUUGACAAAAACACAGAUUGGGAAGAGGCGUUUUCUCGCUAUGAAAGUGUAAUAGCUUCUGGGAAUGAGUCUAUGCAAGUAAAAGCCACAAUUAGAUUAGCCCAUCUCUCAAAACAUGCACCUGAACAUGUGUUAGCUGGAACCAUACCCAUCCUUGCUAAGCUUCUUCUGACGGACAAUUCAAACAAUUUAAUUCAGUCUGUUCAAGAAGCAGCAGCUUAUUGUUUGAAGCAAAUUGCUUGUCAAGGUGAUGGCGCCUUGGCCGCAGAGAUAGGCCAAUCUGGUGUUACAAAUUCUAUCUUGAGCUUGUUGCCCCAGUCCAAUAAUAGGUUUCGAAAGGUUUCGAUAAAAUGUGUUUGGUGUCUUGUUAAUUUUGGUAAUGUGAAUCGUUUGAUUGUAGCUAGAAAUGGUGGGUUGGAGAUUGUUAUAGAUAUGUUAAAUUCUUGUAGGGAUGGGGACAGGCUGUACUUGUUGGAGAUUUUGAGUGCAUUGACAUUGUUAAGAGAGGUUAGGAGGGUACUUGUUAGAUUAGGAGGGCUUAGAUUUCUUGUUGAGGCGGUUAGGUUUGGUAGCAUGAUAUCGAGGGAGAGAGCUUGUCAAGCAAUAGGAUUACUUGGUGUUACGAGGCGUGCUAGGUCCUUGCUUGUUGAAUUGGGAGCAAUCCAGGUGCUUGUUGAAUUAUUUCGAGAUGGAGAUAGGACAACAAAACUUGUUGCAGGUAAUUGUCUAGGUGUGAUAUCAGCUCAUAUAGAUUUCGUAAGGCCUCUUGCUGAAGCCGGCGCUAUACCUUUAUAUGCUGAGCUUCUUCAAGGACCUGACCCUGCUGGCAUGGAGAUUGCAGAGGAUGCAUUCUGUAUAUUAGCUGUUGCUGAAGAGAAUGCAGCUUCUAUUGCUGAACACUUGGUGAGAAUCUUAAGAGAAGGUGAUGAUGAAGCAAAAAUUGCAGCUUCUGAUAUUAUCUGGGAUCUAUCAGGUUACAAGCACUCAGUUUCAUUUGUUCGAAACUCGGGUGCAAUUCCUGUUUUGGUCGAGCUUUUGAGGGAUGGGAACGGUGAAGUUAGGGAAAAGGUAUCAGGAGCUAUUGCUCAGUUGAGUUACAAUGAGGCUGAUCGAGCCGCACUUGCUGAUGCAGGGGCAGUUCAAACUCUCAUUGAAUUAUUGCAUGACGAGUCAGAGGAGAUGAAGGAUAAUGCUGCCGAGGCUCUAGUGAAUUUUGGUGAAGAUCCUCGGCAGCGUGAUAUAAUAUUGGAAGCAGUUGAUAUUACUUCAUUCCAGGGUAUGCAGAAUAGAAUGGCUCGACUUCGUUUUUCUGAUGAGCGCAUUGUUAGAUCACUGAGACGGGUGAACCAGCAGCUUACUUGGGACCCAGUUCUGACCUAAUUUUCUUGUAUGAUAUUUCUUUAAUCUCUGCUGCCUGUAAAUUGCUUAAAUUUUAGUUAAAUUGAUGGUAGUAUGUUAUUGCCACUGGAUAUCCUUGCUUGAUCAGCUUUCAUCUGUUUCAUAGGCUCGUAAGUUUUAAAGCUUUACACACGUUGUGACAAAGUGGCAAUUAAUGAUAUGUUGUUUUGCA